AAAUGUUUUGGAGAGAGUUUAAUCAGAAGAACUGGCAACUUGUUAGAAAAGUUACAAAUUUUUCGAGCAAAACACUUGGACUUCCAUUUGCAGUGGCGCUCAGAAACCCAACCGUCGUUAAUGCUGAUUAUACAAGCAGCCACUCGAAGCCAGUCAAUGAAUGGAUGAAGACAUCACUUGAGGAUAAGCUCGCAGGCCAUUUAUUCGACUAUAAAAAGAGCAGAGGAAACUUCGUCUGUGAUUAUGAAGGAAAUGAAAUACUUGAUCUUGCAAUGCAGGGUGGAAACCUUGCUUUUGGGUACAACCCAAAUUCUUUCUUGCAUCUUAGAGUGAGGAAAUUAUAUAAUAGAUUAACUUCGAGUAUCAAGAUUCCUACUAAAAUGGACUCUGAUGACUACAUGUUCUACAUUAAAACUAACAUACUUCCUUAUGCUCCCAAAGGAAUGGGAGAAGUCCAUUUCACCAAAGGUAAAGGAAAACUUGCUGUUGAGUCUUCUAUUAAAGCAGCUAUCCUCAGCUACAGAGAAUCCAGAGGAGGAUUUGAAGACAUCGAUUGGGAGAAAUUUGCAGCAAGCGAUUUCUCUGAUAGUGUAGAUCUUCUUCAAGAUAGAAUCAGUGUUCUGAGCUUUGAAAGCGCUAGAGCUCCAGGAUCUAAUUCUUUUGCUAAGCAUGAUUGGCCAGUUAUUCAGACUCCAGACCUCACUUAUCCUUACCAAAAGAACAAAAAGGAUAAUAUCCAGGAAGAAAACAGACGCUUGAAGGAAGUAAGAGAGACUAUUGCUGCAAGAGAAUCAUCUUCUCCAGUAGGAGCAAUUAUUGUUGAACCAAUCACUUUCCUUGGAAACUGCAUGGCUACUCCAACCUUCUACAGGAAAUUGAGAGAUAUUGCUAAAGAACACAAUAUUCCAUUCAUUGUUGACGAAACUCGCACUGGGUUUGGAAAAACAGCCAAGUUCUGGGGCCUUGAGCAUUGGCACUUAGAUGAUAUGCCUGAGUUUGUUGCCUUUGGAGGAUCCUCAGCAGCCUCAGGAUUCUUUACAACAAGAGAUCACAUCCCAUAUGGACCACACAAGCUGCCCACAAUUGGGGAUGAAUCACUCUCUAAUGUUAUUGAAUUCUCUGAGACAGCCGAAUAUAUUAAGAAGAAAUCUCUAGUUGACAAAGUAGAAGACGUUAGCGGCUUCAUCAAAGUCGAACUUGACAGAAUCAACAAGAAGAAAGGCAUCUACACAAACCUCAGAGGAAAUGGUACCUUCUUGGGCCUCGACUUCGAGGACUACUAUAGAGCUCGCCACUUCCAGAAAUAUUUAUUGAGAAAUGGGGUUUUGGUAUCAUUGGUAGGACAACAAACGCUUGGAAUCAGACCUUCUCUACUACUAAGACCAGAUCAAGCUAGCCAUUUGAGAGAUGCAUUUAUUGAUUAUUAUCCAAGAUUCCACACUGAUGUCUGGCUGGAUUAA